UCCAUUGGUUGUCGUCUCUUUGCGUGCUCCUCUAUUUAAACCAGCCUCCUCCCUCGGAGGCAAGCUUCGUAUCACACACAGCUGCCUUCCCCUGCUCUCACAGCCUCGCCUCGGACCAGCAACAAGGUCGCCGCCGGCCAGGGCCGACGCCCGCCGGCUGGACCCUGAUCCCUGAACCUCGGCGGCGCCGCCCGGCAUCAUCGUCGUCGUCUUCUUCUUCCUCCUCAGCUAGCAUUCGCUGGCUAGACAGGGAUCAGCUGGCGUCUCGUGAUUAGAGCUCGAGAUUUCUCAAGAGAGACCCGACUACUCCCGUCGUUCUUCGUGGGUUAUCGUCGUUCGUUCCAAGGUGUUGUGAGAUCCGGCCGAGGAGGAGAUGUCGUCGUCGCUGGAGGUGGACAACCCCGGAGGAGGAGGCGGCGGCGGCGGCGAGUCGGCGAACCGGCUCAGCCUGAAGCGCCACGACUCACUGUUCGGCGACGCGGAGAAGGUCUCCGGCGGCAAGUACCAUGGGUCCGACGGGAGCUGGGCCAGGACGCUGCACCUCGCCUUCCAGAGCGUCGGCAUCAUCUACGGCGACAUCGGGACGUCGCCGCUCUACGUCUACUCCAGCACUUUCCCCGACGGCAUCAAGUACAACGACGACCUGCUCGGCGUCCUGUCCCUCAUCAUCUACACCCUCAUCGUCAUCCCCAUGCUCAAGUACGUCUUCAUCGUGCUCUACGCCAACGACAAUGGAGACGGCGGCACAUUUGCGCUGUACUCGCUGAUAUCGCGGUACGCCAAGAUCAGGAUGAUCCCCAACCAGCAAGCAGAGGACGCCAUGGUGUCGAAUUACAGCAUAGAAGCGCCGAACUCACAGCUGAGGACGGCUCAAUGGUUCAAGCAGAAGCUUGAGUCCAGCAAGGCAGCCAAGAUUGUGCUCUUCACCCUCACAAUCCUUGGCACAUCCAUGGUGAUGGGCGACGGAACCCUGACACCGGCAAUAUCUGUGCUGUCUGCGGUAAGCGGGAUCAAGGAGAAGGCUCCGAGCUUGACUCAGUCGCAAGUAGUCUGGAUCUCUGUGGCGAUCCUCUUCUUGCUCUUCUCGGUUCAGCGUUUCGGGACCGACAAGGUUGGGUACACCUUCGCUCCAGUCAUCUCGGUGUGGUUCCUGCUGAUUGCCGGCAUUGGACUGUACAACCUCGUCGAACACGACAUCGGUGUGCUCCGGGCCUUCAAUCCAUGGUACAUAGUACAGUACUUCAAGCGGAACGGAAAGGAAGGGUGGGUUUCACUUGGUGGUAUUAUCUUGUGCGUCACAGGCACAGAAGGCAUGUUUGCUGACCUUGGACAUUUCAACAUCAGGGCCGUUCAGAUCAGCUUCAACGGCAUCUUGUUCCCAUCGGUGGCACUGUGUUACAUCGGGCAAGCAGCGUACCUACGGAAAUUCCCAGAUAACGUUGGAGACACCUUCUACAAAUCCAUCCCAGCACCUCUGUUCUGGCCAACCUUCAUCGUUGCAAUCCUUGCUGCCAUCAUUGCAAGCCAAGCUAUGCUCUCUGGUGCAUUUGCCAUCCUCUCCAAGGCACUGUCUCUUGGCUGCCUCCCCAGGGUCCAAGUGAUCCACACCUCAAAGAAGUACGAAGGGCAGGUGUACAUCCCAGAGGUGAACUUCUUGAUGGGACUGGCCAGCAUCAUCGUCACAAUUGCCUUCAGAACGACCACCAGCAUCGGCAACGCCUACGGGAUCUGCGUGGUGACCACGUUCUCCAUCACCACCCAUCUGAUGACGGUGGUGAUGCUGGUGAUCUGGAAGAAGCACAUCGUGUACGUGCUCCUCUUCUACGUGGUGUUCGGCUUCACGGAGCUCAUCUACCUGUCGUCCAUCCUGUCCAAGUUCGUCCAGGGCGGGUACCUGCCCUUCUGCUUCGCGCUGGUGCUGAUGACGCUGAUGGCGACGUGGCACUACGUGCACGUGAAGCGGUACUGGUACGAGCUGGACCACAUCGUGCCCACGGGGCAGAUGACGACGCUGCUGGAGAAGAACGACGUGCGGCGGAUCCCCGGCGUGGGGCUCCUGUACACGGAGCUCGUCCAGGGCAUCCCGCCGGUGUUCCCUCGCCUCAUCAAGAAGAUCCCGUCCGUGCACGCCGUCUUCCUCUUCAUGUCCAUCAAGCACCUGCCCAUCCCGCACGUGGCGCCGCCGGAGAGGUUCCUGUUCCGGCAGGUCGGCGCCAGGGAGCAGCGGGUGUUCCGGUGCGUGGCGCGGUACGGCUACAGCGACGCGCUGGAGGAGCCCAAGGAGUUCGCGGCCUUCCUGGUGGACAGGCUCAAGAUGUUCAUCCAGGAGGAGAUGGCGUUCGCGCAGGCAGAGAACGAGGCCGGGAACGAGGACGACGACGGCGGCGAGGCUGCUGCGGCGGCGGCGAGGCCGAGGCGGUCGACGAGCUCCGUGGUGCACAGCGAGGAGGCGAUCCAGUCGAGGGUGAGCACGCACUCGGGGCGGAUCACGUUCCAGGCGAACCAGCAGACGACGACGGCGGAGGAGGAGAAGCAGCUGAUCGACCGGGAGGUGGAGCGAGGGGUGGUGUACCUGAUGGGAGAGGCCAACGUGUCGGCGGGGCCCAGGUCGUCCAUCUUGAAGAAGAUUGUGGUCAACUACAUCUACACCUUCUUGAGGAAGAACCUGACGGAGGGGCACAAGGCGCUGGCCAUUCCCAAAGAUCAGCUGCUCAAGGUUGGCAUCACAUAUGAAAUCUAGGCCUAUUGUGCUACCCAUCCAAGAUUUGAGGCGUGCCUAAUUAACCAACAAAAAGCAUUUCUUGGCGAGUGUUGACCUCAUUCACAGGGCAAAGUGCCCGCGGUGGUUUGAUAAUAAUAAGUCUGUGUGAGUGGCGUGGUUUUUCUUUUUUUUUUUUGGGCUGGAAGGUUUCUUUUUAUUCUCUGUACAGUGUGGUUUUAUCAGAAUUUGAUGAAUGCAAGCGCGAUAUUGGAAGUAAAGCGUA